GUUUGCCUGAUGUUUCUUCGCCUUUUUCGUCUGUCUCAUAAAUAGUCAAAAUUUACAUAAACAAAUCCCCUUUUCCUUCUCCGGACCUCAGAGUUUGGUUGCAGAUAGCCGUCGAGUAAAGGCACUAUAUUGUGAACCAUGGGAACCCCGGAAACUUCGCGGGAGCCAUGCCCCGAUCGAAUUCUUGACGAUAUUGGUGGUGCUUUUGGUAUGGGUGCUGUUGGAGGUGCAGCCUUCCACUUCUUGAAAGGCACUUAUAACUCCCCUAGUGGUGCUCGGUUGAUAGGAGGAACUCAAGCAGUGCGUAUGAAUGCUCCUCGUGUCGGUGGUAGUUUUGCCGUUUGGGGCGGCCUAUUUUCCACCUUCGAUUGCACUAUGGUGUACGUCCGACAGAAAGAAGAUCCUUGGAACUCCAUUAUAGCCGGUGCUGCAACUGGAGGGUUUCUCUCAAUGCGUCAAGGGCCCGGUGCUGCUUCCAGAGCAGCAAUUUUUGGUGGCAUAUUGCUUGCCUUGAUCGAAGGAGCUGGUAUCAUGUUGAAUAAAGUUCUCAGUCAACCACAGAUGCCUAUUAUGAUCGAUGAGCCAGCACCCAAUGUAGCCGGAAUGCCCGGAUAUCCAAUGGGACAAUUGCCAAACCAACCCCCUGCAUCAAUUGAUAGUUUUAGACACAGUUCAUCUCCACCUCCGCCUCCACCAUCAACAUCAUCGUCCUCAUCUAAUUCUUCCUCGUCAUGGUUCGGAGGACUUUUUGGUGGAAAGAAGCAGGAACCGGCAACAGGUAGUAGCGGAAGUAAAACCGAGGUUUUGGAGAGCUUCGACGCCCCGCCCGUCCCAUCAUUCGAAUACAAAUAAGGCUGUUCUCAUCCCAUUUUGUCACUGUUACCUUUUUUUUUCCAGCACAUUGAAGUGUCUCGACUCAUUAAGCUUUCUUUUUAUCAGUGUU